AUGGUACAGAGCCCUCAAGCUGCCACCCAGGUCCAAGGCGAUGGACCCUGCAAGUCCAAGCAGCAGUUAAGUUUUUCGGUUCUGGUCAGCGGGGGCAGCCGGCGGCGCCGCCUCCUCGCGGCUAAAGUUAACAAGCAUAAGCCAUGGAUCGAGACCUCUUAUCACGGAGUCAUAACUGAGAACAAUGACACAGUCAUUUUGGAUCCACCACUGGUAGCCCUGGAUAAAGAUGCACCAGUUCCUUUUGCAGGGGAAAUCUGUGCCUUCAAGAUCCAUGGCCAGGAGCUGCCCUUUGAGGCCGUGGUGCUCAACAAGACAUCUGGGGAGGGCCGCCUCCGAGCCAAGAGCCCCAUUGACUGUGAGCUGCAGAAGGAGUACACGUUCAUCAUCCAGGCCUACGACUGCGGUGCCGGGCCCCGGGAGACGGCCUGGAAGAAGUCACACAAGGCCGUGGUCCAUAUCCAGGUGAAGGAUGUCAACGAGUUUGCUCCCACCUUCAAAGAGCCCGCCUACAAGGCCAUCGUGACGGAGGGCAAGAUCUAUGACAGCAUCCUGCAGGUGGAGGCCAUCGACGAGGACUGCUCCCCCCAGUACAGCCAGAUCUGCAACUACGAAAUUGUCACGACAGAUGUGCCUUUUGCCAUUGACAGAAAUGGCAACAUCAGGAACACUGAGAAGCUCAGCUAUGACAAGCAACGCCAGUAUGAGAUCCUGGUGACAGCGUAUGACUGUGGACAGAAGCCUGCUGCUCAGGACACCCUGGUGCAGGUGGACGUGAAGCCAGUUUGCAAGCCUGGCUGGCAAGACUGGACCAAAAGGAUCGAGUACCAGCCUGGCUCGGGGAGCGUGCCCUUGUUCCCCAGCAUCCACCUGGAGACGUGUGACGGUGCCGUGUCCUCCCUCCAGGUCACCACGGAGCUGCAGACCAAUUACAUUGGCAAGGGCUGUGACCGGGAGACCUAUUCUGAGAAAUCUCUUCAGAAACUCUGUGGAGCCUCCUCGGGCAUCAUUGACCUCCUACCGUCCCCCAGUGCUGCCACCAACUGGACAGCAGGACUGCUGGUGGACAGCAGUGAGAUGAUCUUCAAGUUUGACGGCAGGCAGGGUGCCAAGAUCCCAGAUGGGAUUGUGCCCAAGAACCUGACGGACCAGUUCACCAUCACCAUGUGGAUGAAGCACGGCCCCAGCCCUGGCGUGAGAGCCGAGAAGGAGACCAUCCUCUGCAACUCAGACAAAACCGAGAUGAACCGGCAUCACUACGCGCUCUACGUGCACAACUGCCGCCUCGUCUUCCUCCUGCGGAAGGACUUCGACCAGGCCGACACCUUCCGCCCCGCCGAGUUCCACUGGAAGCUGGACCAGAUUUGUGACAAAGAGUGGCAUUACUAUGUCAUCAAUGUGGAGUUUCCUGUGGUUACGCUGUACAUGGAUGGAGCCACAUAUGAGCCCUACCUGGUGACCAACGACUGGCCCAUUCACCCGUCUCACAUAGCCAUGCAACUUACUGUCGGUGCUUGUUGGCAAGGGGGAGAAGUCGCCAAACCCCGGUUUGCGCAGUUCUUCCACGGCAGCCUGGCCAGCCUCACCAUCCGCCCUGGCAAGAUGGAAAGUCAGAAGGUGAUUUCCUGCUUGCAGGCCUGCAAGGAAGGGCUGGAUAUUAACUCCUUAGAGAGCCUCGGGCAAGGAAUAAAGUAUCACUUCAACCCCUCGCAGUCCAUCCUGGUGAUGGAAGGGGACGACAUUGGGAACGUCAACCGCGCCCUCCAGAAGGUGUCCUACAUCAACUCCAGGCAGUUCCCGACGGCAGGCGUGCGGCGCCUCAGAGUGUCCUCCAAAGUACAGUGCUUUGGGGAAGACGUGUGCAUCAGCAUCCCUGAUGUGGAUGCUUAUGUGAUGGUCCUGCAGGCCAUCGAGCCCCAGAUCACCCUCCAGGGCACAGAUCGCUUCUGGAGACCUGCCUCCCAGUUUGAAAGCUCCAGAGGAGUGAUCCUCUUCCCCGACAUCAAAAUCGUGAGCACCUUCGCCAAGACUGAGGCUCCUGGGGACGUGAAAAGCACAGCUCCCAAAUCGGCAGUCCUAGAAGAAAUGCUUCACAACUUAGACUUCUGUGACAUUCUGGUGCUUGGAGGGGACUUGGACCCUCGGCAGGAGUGCUUGGAGCUCAGCCACAGUGAGCUGCACCAGCGACACCUGGAUGCCACCAACUCCACUGCAGGCUAUUCUAUCUAUGGUGUGGGCUCCAUGAGCCGCUACGAGCAGGUUCUGCGUCACAUCCGCUACCGCAACUGGCACCCGACUUCCCUGGACACCCGGCGGUUCCGGAUCAAGUGCUCAGAGCUCAACGGGCGCUACACGAGCAACGAGUUCAACUUGGAGGUCAGUGUCCUCCACGAAGUCAGAGCCUCAGACAAGGAGCAUGUCAACCACCUUAUUGUGCAGCCUCCCUUCCUCCAGUCUGUCCAUCACCCCGAGUCCCACAGCAGCAUCCAGCGCAGUUCAGUGGUCCCGAGCAUCGCCACAGUGGUCAUCAUCAUCUCCGUGUGCAUGCUAGUGUUUGUGGUGGCCAUGGGCGUGUACCGAGUGCGGAUUGCCCACCAGCACUUCAUGCAGGAGACCGAGGCUGCCAAGGAGGCCGAGAUGGACUGGGACGACUCUGCACUGACCAUCACGGUCAACCCCAUGGAGAAACACGAAGAACCAGGCCACGGGGAAGAGGAGAGCGAGGGAGAGGAGGAGGAGGAGGAGGAAGCAGAGGAAGAUGUGAGCUCCAGCAGCAGCGACUCUGACGACAGCGAAGAGGAGGAGGAGGAGGGGAUGGGCAGAGGCAGGCACGAGCGGAGUGGCGCCAGGCAAGCCCAGCUAGAGUGGGAUGACUCCACCCUCCCCUACUAGUGUCCCAGGCCUGCUCCCAGCCCGCGUGUCCCUUUUGUAAAGCCCGACCCAGUGUAUGCCCGAGUCUAUCACGCUCGCCGCCGAUUUCGAUGACAGGUCUGAGUGGCCUUCUCCGGCUUUCUAGAACCUGCCCCACGUGCCUUGGGCAUUGAUUGUGUCCAAGCAAAGGGCAGCUCCGAGAAGCCCAAUGUCACCACCAGUGCAGACUUCAGGGUGGACGUUGUCCUGUAGUCCCCACGUCUCCUGCCCUGGGCUCACCCGGCUCCCUGCCAGCCAAGCCUCAGAGUUCUGAACAGCUCGCUCCUUUCUGCAGGAGAGAAGGUCCACCCUGGUGUCACUCCCUCCCCCAGGCUCAGUGUCCCCAAGGCCGUUGGGGUCCAACUCACUGUGCACACACCUGACUAAGUGUCUCUGUCCACCCACACCAGCAGGUCCUCCCUGUGCCGACUCUCCAAGGUUCCUCUGCGCAGGGAGGGUGGCAGGACUUCACAUAACUAAGGUCCUAGGGCUCAGCACUUGAAAGAAAGCCCCUUGUUGAUGAAGAAUUGAGUUUAUAGGGAAAGGGACACCCCCUACCCACUCACACACACACAGUCCCCAGCCUGAAGAUCCUUUCCUUUUGCUUCUUUCUGAGGCCACUUGAGCUUCUAUGACAAGUCCAAAACCAAGAGCUGGUCUCUGACCACAAGCAGAGCCUGUCCCCAGUUGAAGGGGCCAGCCUACCAGGGGACAGCUGAGAUCAGUGUGGCUGCCCUGCCUGGCUGCCCAUCACUCCAAACCACCAUGCUCAGGGAGCAUUCCACCCGGACCCCACCCCCCAAUGCCACAGUAAGGGAGGAAGGAUGGCUGAUGGACAGACAGAUGGGGCUUCAUGGCAGACAGUCGUGGGAGACAAGGUGGGUGUGGCUGGACUCCCUGGCCCAAGCGCAGCCCCCAGGUUGGCAAGGCUCCCUCCUCCGAGUCUUGUGGUCCCUUAUCUCCUAUGUCACAGGUUUUCCUUUUGAGAGCGUACACCCCUCUCCGAUAGAUGAGAAAAUGUGUGAACGGCAGCCGUCCUAGGUGACAGUUUGGAAAUUCAACUACUAGGGAUUAGAAAGAUAUUUGCAAUGAUAGAGACUGUUUUUUCUUCUCAUAAAAGAAGGUCUAGGGGACAAAUCUAUCCAAAAUCCUAAUUUCUUUUUCUUUCUUCUUCUUUUUUUUUUUUUAAAUAAGAAAGUCUUUUCCAUUGCCACUCUAUUGUGGACACAUCGUGAGGAAAAUUGUUGCUAUAGUAACCAGGGGGUGAUCUUUGUGACCAAAUGAAUACCAGGCAGGAACUAAGGCUAUUACAAGACUUCCACGAGGCUCUGAGGACAUGUUUGCCUCAAAUGUCUCGGGUACCUCUUUGUCCUCAGUGUGUUCGAGCUGUCCCCUCUUCUCACCCCACCCCGAGCCCCUUCCCGUGUUGGUUUGGCACAGGUGCAGAGUGGAUACCUUUAAUUAAUCCCCUUGUCAUCCAAACACAGAGCUUAAGUAGAGGGGACCACAGCCAAUGGCCUCUAAUCCAGCCUCCACCCAGCGAGAGUCCAUGGAAAGUCUCUGCAACUCUUUGAAUGGCGACAAGUACUUUAUACAGCUUUUUCUCCUGAAGGGCUUUUUUAAAUUUUUGGCGUCCCUCCUCCUCCUUCACACCUCACAAUAACCCUGUGAAAUAUUUGAGACGCCUGUUGUUAGACACAUUUUCAUGAUGAGGAUACCAAGGCUCAGAGAUUCAGUGUCUUGCUCAAAGCCAUUCAGUGGUAUAGAAAAGACUGGAUGCCUCACCCUCCACUUCACUUCCAGGAUUCUAAUGACUUCCCACCAUGCACCUCGCAGGCAUCCCGAGCACCUACUAUGUGCAGGCAAUCUACCAGGAGCUCUGGGGAAAUGCUGAAGUGCCCUCCUCUCAGAGCACCUGACAGUUGAGGAAGGGACAAACAGGCCCAGAAGCUAAUCGAGACAUAUGAAGAGGGAGGGGGGCAGGAGAAAUCACAGGAAAAAGAGGGACGUGUUUGCAAACACAGCCAGGGCUCUUAAUUUUCCCCUUCUUGGGAAAAACACUAGAAGAAGCUUGAGUUUUGAUAUUCAUUGUGAAGAAAUAGAUGCAUCUCCCGCAUGAAUUAUUCCAAUUAAACUCCCCUCGGUUGUUUUAUCCCCCCAAAAUCAUGCCUGCCCAACUGCAGGGGAAAAUUCAUAGGACUGGUUAGGCCCCACAAUACCAUUAUUUAAAUAAAAAAGAAAUUCUUCAAACAGGCAUUUAGGAACUACUGAAUUCUCCCAAAGGAACGGCAAUGAAAGGAACACUUUAUAUGUAUAAAGCCAAUCCUUUCUGAAUUAGCUUUUCAUUGCCAAUGUUUCAAUCUCGGGUUUCUGGGAGAACUUUUCUUCCUGCUCUGUCUUUGCAGUUUGGUUGGGUGGGAAGAUGUUCCUCAAGGCCUCUGGCUGUCUCUUACAGCCACAUUACUUAUUCAUGGUUGGAUGAGCUGUUUGGAGCACCGAGCAAUCUCUAUAUGUUUUCAGGGAGUUGGCAGAGAGCAGAUGAAAGUGGCACUUAGCUAGGACAGCAAAGAUGUGUCAUUUGAGGAGCCAUUUGGUGACCAGAUUCAUUUACAGAGAAUCAGUAGUGACCGCAAACCAAAGCCCUUUCCUUCAACUUUUGCUACAGAAGGUCAUUCUACAUGCUGGCUCCAAAAAAUGAGGCACUGCAAUGACAGUGCCUGGCCAACAGGAGUCCCCCUGUUCCCCAUACUUACUCAGGACCACAGGUGAGAACAAAGUGGAAGUGGCUAUAUAAAAGCCGCAGAAGCUUCAGGAGGCUUCCAGAUGAAUGGUGGGUAAUAUAAUUUGCCCUCCACCGAGAUUUUCUGACCAUAAAUGAAAAAUGUCAUUUUUCAGCCUGGCACUUUCCGGCCCCCUUACACUAGCAUUUUUGGAAUCAAAAGUCUCAGAUGACCUAGAUACACUGUGACCUCUCAAUCAGACAGCUAUAGCCCAGGAAAGUGCAGACUCCUCCCCACAAAGACUCACUGACUGGUUUGACCACUUUCCAGCCCAAUAUUGCCCUCCAAGUAGACAACACCGUCUGGGGAACAGAGCUUGAAAAUAAAUAGUCUGAGACUUCUCAGGUGACUCAGGUUGCAGGAAAGAGGAGAAAGUGGAGGCAGAGACUGGAAAAGACCAGUAGAGAAUGAGUUGCCCCAGCGGAGUAAAGCAAUCGUCUAGGUAGUGAAUUGUCUUAAGGAAUACGAAGCAUAUAUUAUAACAGAUUUAAUCAAAUUGUGUAUGGCUGACCAAAGGCCAAAUUCAUCUAGUUGCCCUAAAUGUGAUUUCUGUGGGAUCUCUUUUCAUUACCACUUUUUUUGAAUUUAGUCAAUUGUUCUGUCAUGUAGCAUUUAGACCAAAUACCUCUGCAUUUAACAAGGGCUGUCCCUUAUGGACUUGGAUACCCCAGGAGUAAGGUCCUGCUGGGAACAAUAUUCACUGUUCCUGUAUGCCAGGGCUCAGCAAACUUCACCUGGAAAGAUCCACAUAGUCAAGGCUUUUAGUUUUAUAAGACAUAUGGUUUCUAUGGAGAGUGCUCAGCUCUGCCUUGUAGCUUCAAAGCAGCCAUAGACCAUAUGUAAACAAAUGAGUGUUCAAAUAAAACUUUAUUUAUGGACAUCAAAAGAGUAGACAAUUUGAAUGUAUAUAAAUUUUACAUGACUUGAUUUUUUUUUCUUUUACUCUUUUGAUUAUGAUGUUCAUGCACUCAAAAAUACAGAAACCUUUCUUAGCCCACAAGCCAUACAAAACUAACUGCCAAUCAGAUCUGGUCCCGAGGCUGUAGUUUACUGACUCCUAUGGACAUGCAUGGAAAACAGGCUUCUAUUUCCCAGGCAAAAGUAAACUCCUUACCCCCAGCUUCCCUCCCUAUUGGCCUUUGCUCCAAAAUCAGGAAAACUUUGUUGUCCUUCAUUUUAAGCUGUUUUAGAAAUUCAUGUUCUGAAAGUAAACAAAAACAAAACACACUUGCUAUUUUUGUACUGACAAACCCAUACACUUAUCCCUAAGAGUUGAAGGCCUUGGAUCCAGGAACAGACUCAUCACUGAGCUCUAACUCCAGAGACCAGUGUUGAUUCCCAGGGCUCAGCACCUUCCCGGGACGGCUCAGCCCUACUGAUUUCUAAGCAGGACUGUUCAUUAUCUCAGACUGAUUGUCACUUCAGCCCCGCUCAUGUCUUUGCUCUAAAAAUGAUCCUGAAGACAUGUGACUGCUUGAAUCAAUAGCAACAUAAUCAGCAGAAAGCCCAACCCAGCACACUUCAAAAUUAGCAAUCUUCUUGGUUCUAUGACUUGAUAUUAGCAAGAAGAAGAAAAUGAACAUUUUUUCCUUAAUCAUCUCUUCACUUAAAUUAACCAAAUUGGUUUUACCAAAAAAAAAAGUAAGAGGUAAAUCUAAUUCUUUUAUAUGCCAGUAAAAAAGUAGAUGAUGUUCACAUAAAAUCAUUUUCCGGCCUCUGGGGGAUCCCCAAAGCCUCCUGAGAAGUAUCCUGGCAGCUAUGAUGGUACACGAUCCUCUAUCUGUAUCAGACAUUUAUCGAGGCUGACAAGCCAAAGCCCUUGGCACAAUUUAAUUUUCAUGUAACCGCUUUCUGUGGUCCAGCCGUAGGCAAAGGAAAUGAGCAAUGAAAGUUUUGAAGUCGACUCCAGCACCCUCGUUUCCCUAUCUUUAUUUGCUUUACUUUAUAAAUUUAUUCUCUAUCUGCUCUCUAGAUCUUGCUUUCGUUUUUUCCUUUUGGCUCCAACUGGAAAAAAAGAGAGUUGGCUUGACAAGCACUAUGGGUUAGGAGGUGAGCUUCACUCUGUCCCAGGGAGACAAAAAGAGACAGAAGUUACCUCCGCCAGCACCCCAGAAAGGAAUCUGACACUUCCUGUGUGCAGUCAGCAGACAGAUCGGAGCCUGCCUUGGCAGCCACAUUCUAUGCAAUUGGAAAAUGUGGGUACCAGGCCCUGUGCCAGGGAUGGGCAAAGAGGCGAAUGAGACAGGACCCUUGCCCAUGAGGGUCUCCUGGUCUCAUGAGCUGUUGGGAUGUUUCCCUGGACAAGCUUGAGAAGCUGUGGAUGAGCAGUCAGGACAGGGGCAGUCAGGGGCAGAUGGGUGGGGUCAGGGUAGUGGGGUGACUUGCUUUGGCAGUUAUCCACCCUAAGUCAGAUGGUAGGUGUGAUUCUGUCAACACCUUGCUGAGGCAGACUGAGGAGAUGUCUAGGGGAGUGGGCACGGUUUCCCUAAACAUUCCUUAAUUGUUUCUGAGCCUGACUCUGUUCACUUAGAGAAGAAGGCCAGUCACGGUGCCUACUGGGCAGAAAUAACAUGGCUGAGAGCUGAGAUUCCAUGAAACUAAACCACAGGAAGCCCUUAGGUAAGAAUAGCAGCCAGGAGACCUUGCCAGUUGGGAAGGCUGGCUGAUCCUGGUAAAUGGGCUAUCAUUAGUCAAGGCCCAAAGGCUUGAUCUGCCUGGCGUAAGAGCCCCCUGAGGCCCAAAUCCAGAGCUGAGAAGCAAAGGAGGCUCCACUCAGGAGGACCUGGGAGUGCACACUGCAUGCUAUGGAGCUGUGGUUCUUAAUAUUUGGCCUCUGCACCAGCAGCAGCAUCACCUGGAAACCAGUAAGAAAUGCCAAUUUCCAAGCCCCACCCCCAGGCCUACUGAGUCAGAAUCUCUGGAGGUGAGCUCAGCAAUCUAUGCAUGAAAGACCUCUUUGACUCUGCUGCAUGCAAAACCUGGAGAACCACUGGUGGAGAGGUUGAAGAGAAUGGUUUAUGCUGGCUUUAUCAGGAGCUGCUUUUAUGAUUUAUCAAGGUAAAACAGUCAAUUGCUAGUGCAGUGAUAGGCGAGGGCUAUAGACCUUACCCAGGGCCGCUGGACUGCAGUGGUUUCUGGACACACUGGUCCUAGUUCCAUUUACCUUCCUCCCCCGAGGCACAAGACAAUUCCUGCCCUGUGCCCCUGCUAUCCUAGAGAGAGACACAGCCCAGGAGAGACUACUGUGAAGCCAUCCACCCACGAAAGACCAAGUUCCUGUCCAAUGAGCGGCCUCUUCUAGGGCCAUAUUUUAUAAGGAAAGAGUGAAACUGCAGCAAUGAGUUUAGAACGCUGGGGGCGCCACUUGGCUCAUAGCCCAUAUGCUGGUGGAGCACCCAGGGCCUGGCAGAGGGUGAACGGGUCAUUCAAGGACAGGUUACGGCAGCACUGUCCCUCCGUCAUGGCCUGGGGUGUGCAGCAUCACAAUUCAAACACUAAAUUGGAUGGGGAAUGGAUAGCUCUUCUUGGAAGGGCAGUAAAUCACUGUACUAAAAGUAAAAACCAAAACCCCAAAACAAACCUGCAGUCUUAUUAACUCUGUCUAGACCCUGUAAUUCCUAAGGCCUGGUGAGGCAGCAGGUUCCACCAAGGCCCUUUGCCUGACCUACGAGAGGCCUCAGGUCUGCUGAUCAAACUCUGUGGAACUCCUGCUUACUAGUCACUGGCACCUCAGUGUGGCACUGAGUCUGUCCAGGACCCAGAGGAGGAGCCAACUGGGCAGGAGACCCGGGAGGACUAGCAUCUGCUAUUGAUUCCUUCAGACCCUGACUCUGCCUGCUCAGAGGCACAGUCCGAUCUUCUCAGUAGUCUCACCAAGUCUCCCCAUUUCCCAGCCCAGCCUGGGAAUAGAUCUUCUGAUUAAAUGUCAGUGGGAAAGCAUGGCAGAAGCUGUACAGGGGAGUCUGCAUAGUCUGGCCUGAGUGAAUUCUCUGAGGACACAUUGCUCCCCAAGACUUAAGGGGACUGUAUGUGUUUCCUUAUUCUAGUCCUUUAUCACCAAAGCCUCUUAUGAGACAAAAUGACAAAUAAGGGUUGGGUAGUUCUGAAGGCAGGGUGGGCCCUGUUCUCAUGGCAGGUCUAGACUCGUGUCAGGCCAGGUAGGAAAGGGAGGCAUCAUGGCCUAAGGGCAAAAGCCCUGGCCCAGCCUGGACACCUGGAAGAGUGGGGGGCAGUGGGUGUGCAUUGAAAGGCUGGGCCACAUUGAGAUGUACAAGGAGGCAACACCAGCCACCUGCUGUUACACCUGCAGGACAGUGCAGAGCCUCAUCCCAGUGUCAGGUGGGGGUCUCCUGGCUCCCGCCUGGAGCAGUGCUCCCAUUCUGAGGAGCAGAGAAGGGAGAGUGCCUCUGGAUCACUAAAGUGACACCUCCCCAGAGGCAGGACCCCGCCCCAGGACAACUUCCAGUUGAAUGAAUGGAACCAUAGCCCUCCCUUCCCAGGUACCUGAUAGGAACCCUGGAAAACAAGAUCACGCAAGGCUAGUAUGGAUUCCCAACUCUUACCACCUCUGAGUGCCACCUCCUUAAGGCAAAAGGACUACCCAGUCUAUCGCAGCACCCUGGGUGCCAAGCACCGUGCCUGGCUCAUGGUAGGGGCUCCACAAAUGUUGGGUUGAAUGGCAUCCCAGAGAUCAUGUGACCUCAAAGAUUGGGCUUGGUUUGAAAAAUUAAGAUGCCCCAGGGGAGAAAGACCCUUCCAUCCUGUCUCUUAAUUUGUAAGUCAAGGUCCUUUAUAAAAUCAGAUAAAAGCAGAAAGGAAGUUCCGAUGACAAUGCUCUCGCACUCCAAAUGGAAGAGCAGGAGUGAGCUUUGCUAAAUGACCCUUCAUGGCUAUAACCAGUGUAGGAAGCCCUAUGCGAAGAGCAGGGGUAGAUGGCCCCACCUGCUCCAUCCUGUGGAUCAAGGGAAGCAUUCUCACUGAGGAGAGAAAGAUCUGAUUGGUUAAUGACCCCCACCCUAUGCCUCUCUCCACUCCCUUUUAUCAGAUAUACUGCAGAGGAAAUUCAUCAACAUGAAGCUCAAUUCCCAAUAGUCUAAUGAAAAGAGGGCAACAGAUGAGAGAAGAGCCAGAACACAGACGGUGUGUAUUAAUCACAGGCAACAGACACGCGUUGGCUUUAAUGUCUGUUUGCUUUUAUCUUGAAAUGAAAAUGCAUCUCAGUUACCUGGACCCUUUACACUGAGCAUCUCAGAAAAGAAAUGGCACACAUGAGUGUACGCAGGCAUGCACGCGCACACACACACACACACACACACACACACACACAGAAUUCUUUUCCCCAGCAGAAAGAAUUGUCAGAGAAAUAAGCCCAGAGAUUUUUGUCUAUUUGCACUACCCAUGUCUCAGCUAUGGACCCCAGAAACUCUGUGGGAAAGAAAGGGACAGGAAGGGACAAGGAAGUAGCAUCUACCACCUGAAAGGAUUCCUUGGGUUCACAGAGAUGAGGGGUUCACCUGUGCCCGUGGGUCACAGAUAGGAGUAUAACGCAUGCAUCAAUCUUUAGAGGCAAAAGUUCAGAUGUGGCACCACGCACCCCCAGCUCCCUCAUAUGACUACACAGGAGCUGAUGGAUUCUGGAUUGGGAAGAGUUCUCCUGUUCCCAGAUACCUGUCAGGUGGUGGAACUAGGAACAAGUUUUGCAGGAGGUGAGGGUAGAUUUGGGAAGAUCAUUCCAAAAGUAAGAAAAGGGAUAUGGAGAGAGGAGAUAACUCAGAGUUGGGGAGUAACCCAAAGGUGGAUUGGAGAGGACCAAUCCGUCACCCAGGAAGCCAGAGCAUUGCUCUGUACCUAAAGUUAAAUUCAAGUUUCAAAGACAUUGCGGCUAAGCCUGGUCAUGUGAGGCUCAAUUGAUGUCAGAGCUGUUGGAGGGUGAUCUCAGUUCUGAAUUGAACUACCCCUGCUGGGUCAAUCCACUUGGUUGCUUCAAGCCUGACCUCAGUGGCUUCUAGAAACAGGAUUGUGGAUGCCCUGAGCUGGACAGGCUUGGCAGGAGAUUGAAGAUACCAGUCGGUGAGUCUAGAAAAGAAACUGUAUGUGGAAGAUGGUUGUUCUCAAGGGAAUCUAUAGAUAUUAGAGCUGGGUUUGUUAUGUUAUAAGCAUGGACAUUGUAGUUUUGGUAAGGAGAAGAGUCAGAGUGACUUGGUGGGGAAUUAGUUGAGGAAGUUAGAGUAACAAAUAUCAAAUAUGAGAGAUAGGCAGGCUAAGGAGAGUUGGUAAUGGGUGUGUGUAUAUAUAUAUGUGCAUAAACAUAUAUACAUGUCAUAUACACAUCCACAAUACCAAAGGAAGGUGUCAAAUGAGCUCAACGGUACCAACACAUUUCAAAUUAUGUUACGUGUCUUUUUAAUUGCUGUUUACUCUCAGCCCUCAAAACACUGGCAAUGGUGCCUGGCACAUAGUAGGAGUUCAGUAAGCAUUUGGAAAUGAAAGGUCUAGCCUAUCACUACUUGGUGGAGUCAUAGAGGUAUCCUUGAAUCCCAAACUGAAUGAGCCACAGAGCAGCAGGCCAGCCACAUCCCCGCCCCCCUUGGCUGAGGAGAAGCUAUUGUGAAUUCGCAGGUCUCCUCUGGCUCUCUGGUAGUGAAUCAUAGUGGGUUUGUACACACCUUGGACCACAUGGGAAUAACGCCAUCAUGUUAGGUGUGGGAGGGGCUCUGGGACUCCCCUCCCACUGUGUCCGCCAUUUCCUUCGGCCAGUCUGAAUUGUCCAGGCUGGUUUCCUCUCAGCCCCUUCCUCCUCCCAUCUCUGGAGAUGCCACCACCGUUUAGAAGCGUCCUAUUAGAAGCCUGUUCAAUCCCAGCUGCUCAACCAAAGUGCAAAGGGGAAGGAAGGUCUGGCUGGAGCCCCAGGGCUGUCCACACAGCGGAGGCAAGAAGAGCAGUCACCUUCCUCCCACAGACACCUUCAGUCACUGUUCCUGGCCAGGCAGUUCCUGCCAGCCUGGCUGGAGUGUCCCCGAGGUUGACUUCACUCCAGGGAAGGGCCAGCGUGUGCCUGAUGCGUGUCAGACCCUGGAUUCCCUGGCCGCCUCAGAGAAUGGAUCUUUUUAGUUUAGAAAAUGUGUUUGUUUGCUAAAUACAUUAUCUUGUGUGUGUAUGAGUGUGGUACGAAGGAAACCUUGGAAUAUGUCACCGGGAUUGUAUGAACUUAGAGAAAGUUGAGUUUAAUUUCAGAAGAGCUCACUGUCCCCUCUGUUGACAAGGGUGACCAGCCAAGGGGGUCAGAGAAACUGCCCUUCCCGUCCCCACCCCUCCCUGGCUAGUGGAGCUGCUGGACUCGAUUCAAACCCAUGCAGAGUGAGAGGUGCCGAGCGCCCCGUGUGUACAUAACGAGGAAGCAAAUAGGAGCCAUCGCAGGGAUCUCUCGGGCUUCUUCCCAUGACUGUGCUCUUACCCAUGUUUGAGUCACAAACUUUAAAUUUCUAACAGUUACGAUUCUUGCAGUUUCUGAGUAAUUUGUUAAAUGCCUACUCAACACAGACAGAUAUUUAUUUUCAGCCUUGGCUUGUAAACGCCUACAAACUGAUUCAUGUUGGUGGUCAUUACGACACUUCUGUGAAUUGGUGAAUAAAUAUGAUUUUAGAAUUUCACAGUAAA